CCUUGAAGUAAGAUCCUUAUGUAGUUUCUGUAAUGGGAGAAAUUGUGUAUUAUGAGAGAAUUGUCUGUUUUCCAAGAGUACUGAGUAUUUCCCACUAUACUGUAGUUUCCAAUUAGUAUGAAUUGAUUAAUUUCUACUACUGUGGAUGGUCACUGAGACCCAUCUCUUGUGUAGUUAUCAGUGGGAAGAAAAGCUUUUGUUUUUGGAGAGAUUUGUGGUGUGUGUUUUGUGAGAAACUCAACAUGAACAGGUCCUGAAGUGUUCUAAGUGUAAGUCAUUGAGGUUAAAGUCCAUCCAGAAGGCAGGUCAGGUUAGUAGCUGCUACAAGUUGAAGAGGGAGGUAAGUGCAUGGUACGUAAAAGUCGCCCACAUGCUCCUGCUUUGGGAACUGGAUCAGAAAAACGUUGAACCAUUGCAGGCUGGAGGAAGAUGGCCGUGCUUCACAACCAAAGUCGGUGAGAGCCACAUCUCGGGGCACAUUGGAUCUAACGGUAAGGAUUUGGACCUGGACUGGAGGACACAUGCAGGCCAAAAAGCGGUAUUUCAUCCUGUUCUCCGCCUCUGCCUGCAUCACUCUUCUCCUCUACUUUGGUGGCCUCCAAGUUGCCGAAAAGAGCCCGGGCGGCGGGCAUGGCUUAGAACCUCGCUGGCCACGCUUUGCGGAGCGUUUGCUACCCUUCCUUCCUUUUCACACACAGACGGAGGAAUACAAUCUUCCAGCAUCGCCAAGACUCAAAAGGAAUGCCAACGCCGGCCUUUACAAAGGUCGACAUUGUCGCAUGGACUCGUGUUUUGAUUUUUCCCUGUGCAAAAACGGCUUCAAAGUUUACGUCUACCCUCAGGAGAAGGGCGAGAGGAUCUCGGAAAGCUACCAGAACAUUUUGACAUCAAUCGAGUCGUCUCGGUUUUACACCUCUGACCCGGGACAGGCCUGCCUGUUUGUGCUAAACCUGGACACCCUGGACCGUGACCAGCUCUCACCUCAGUACGUACACAAUCUUAAAGCCAAGCUCCAGAACUCGAAAUUAUGGAACGAUGGGAGGAAUCACCUGAUCUUCAACUUGUACUCUGGGACCUGGCCAGAUUACACGGAAGAUCUGGGCUUUGAUAUAGGACAGGCCAUGUUGGCCAAGGCCAGCAUCAGUACCGAGAACUUUAGGCCCAACUUUGACGUUUCCAUACCUCUGUUUUCUAAGGAUCACCCGAGGACUGGAGGGGAGAGGGGGUACUUGAAAUACAACUCCAUCCCACCAUUUAGGAAAUACAUGUUGGUAUUUAAGGGCAAGCGCUAUCUGACCGGUAUUGGUUCGGAUACACGGAACGCUCUAUACCACGUCCACAAUUCACAGGAUGUGGUCCUGCUGACGACAUGCAAACACGGCAAAGACUGGCAGAAACACAAGGAUGCCCGGUGUGACAAGGACAACGCCGAAUAUGACCGGUACGACUAUAAAGAAAUGCUGCACAAUUCUACGUUCUGCCUGGUGCCUAGAGGACGCCGCCUCGGCUCCUUCCGCUUCCUCGAGGCUCUGCAGGCUGCCUGUAUUCCCGUGGUGCUCAGUAACGGAUGGGAGCUUCCCUUCUCAGAGGUCAUAAACUGGAACACGGCUACCGUCAUCGGAGACGAGAGACUUCUUCUACAGAUCCCCACCACCAUCCGCUCCAUUAAUCAGGAUAAGAUCCUGUCCCUCCGGCAGCAGACUCAGUUCCUCUGGGAGGCCUAUUUUUCCUCGGUGGAGAAGAUCGCGCUCACUACACUGGAGAUCAUCCAUGACCGGGUGUUGCAGCACAUGAGGCGCAGCAGCGUGAUGUGGAACAACCUGCCCGGGGGUCUCUUCACCCUGCCACAAUACUCCUCCUACCUCGGCCAGUUCCCUUUCUACUACGCCCCACUCGGUAUCAAACCACAGCAGAGGUUUACGGCGGUCAUCCAUGCCGUAACACCGCUGGUCUCCCAGUCUCAGCCCAUCCUCAAGCUGAUAGUGGCCGUGUCCAAAUCACAGUACUGUGCUCAGGUUGUCGUCCUGUGGAACUGUGAUAAACCUCUACCUGCGAUACAUCACUGGCCUGCAACAUCUCAGCCUGUCAUAGUGAUAGAGGGUGAGAGUAAGGUGAUGAGCAGUCGCUUCCUGCCCUACAGUAGCAUCGUAACAGACGCCGUGCUGAGCCUGGACGAGGACACGGUGCUUUCCACUACUGAGGUGGAUUUUGCUUUUACUGUCUGGCAAAGUUUUCCCGAGAGGAUCGUGGGGUAUCCGGCUCGGAGCCAUUUCUGGGAAGUCAAUAAGGAGCGGUGGGGUUACACCUCAAAGUGGACCAAUGACUAUUCGAUGGUGCUGACCGGAGCUGCUUUUUAUCACAGAUACUAUCACUAUUUGUACACACAUUACCUGCCGGCCAGCCUGAAGAGUUUGGUGGACCAGCUAUCAAACUGUGAAGAUAUUCUCAUGAACUUCCUGGUGUCUGCUGUCACCAAGAUGCCGCCCAUCAAAGUCACGCAGAAGAAGCAGUACAAGGAGACCAUGAUGGGACAGCAGACGUCUCGAGCCUCGCGCUGGGCAGACCCGGACCACUUUGCCCAGCGGCAGACUUGCAUGAACAAAUUUGCCAGCUGGUUUGGCACCAUGCCCCUGGUCCAUUCCCAGAUGAGACUGGACCCCGUUUUGUUCAAGGACCAGGUGUCUAUACUGCGCAAAAAAUACAAAGAUAUCGAGAGACUUUAACCGCACUGAGCCCCCUUUCCUACUGAAACGGAGAGGGGCGACGGAACGAUGGGGCCUCAUCUUACCCUCUGUGGGGGGAACCGGCAUCGGCGUGCGUGGGUGGACCGAGCGUGUGCUCUGUCAGCCUAGCGAAUUCCGGCUGUCCUCAGUUAUACGACAUAUCGUUGAAGGACAGGAUACAUUGUGCUUGAAUGACCCAAACGUGCACAUAAUUUAUUUUACACUAAUGCAGGGGUGAUUUAUUUCCUUCCUCCCUUUUGUUGGCGGUCGGAUUUGCUUGGCGUGACGGUCAUCGUCCACCCACCACGUCCCGCAGGCCCUGGGCUCCAACAGGGAGCCACAAACUUACAAUCACGCACAGUCGAAGAUGAAAACGAUCCAGACGGAAUUCAAAGGGGAUUCAAAGACACGGGCCAAAACUUUACUUUGUAGAAACGUAUGAUGGGAAAGACUCUACAGAGCUCGUUUGGACCUGGUUGCCCCUACUUGAAGCCAGAGACGGAUACGUUCUGUCGAGGGACGUCCUACAACGCUGCAGUGCCUAACAAAAUGAAAAUGAUUGUGGUGCGUCUUUAAAUCCGAAAGGAAACGGUUGAAUGCAAAAUCGUAUCGAUCAUGCUGCUUAUGUUUCGGUCAAUCGGUUAUAAACAAUAUUCCAGUAUUUCUGUCCAUAUUCAUUUUACCUUCAGUUUUAUUGUUUCCAUACAUCAUCGGUUAGUUUUUGGUGCAUAUAAACAGCAGAUUAAGAGAAUCUGGUCUUAAAUAAGCUUAUAAAGGGAUCCAAUAAAGCAUUAACAUAAA